AUGUCGGCUCCGUCGAGGGGCUCACUGCUGACAGGCGUUACUGAUUCCAAACGUGGGGUUGCUGGACCAUUUGCUCGGGGUCGCAUGUCGAGGGGCAGUUCUGGUAGAUCCCAGCCUCAGGGAAGCACUGAUGACAGCACACGAAGCGCUAGAUCCCGGGGAGCUGGGCGUGGCGGACCCAGAGGUGGCCGUGGUAGGCGGGGCGAUAUAGCGGGCGGCGUCACACAUUCGAAUGGUACAUCUAACAGGUCAACUGUUGGAUAUUUCCGAGGGUCUGAAAAGAAAAACCCACUGGAUGGAUCACGAUUCAGGAAUCAGGAGAAUGGUGUGAAGCCUCAGGUUUUUAGUCCACGACCUGUGAAUGGACAGACAUCGCGAUCUUUUUCGCCCUUUGGCGCAAUCUCCAAUGCUGGCAGCAUUGAUCGUUCGAGGGAUCCGCGUAGAAAAAAUGACAAUUUUGGUGAGGGCGGAAGUGCGAAAUUCGGCAUGCCGCAAGAUUACAACAGCCGCUAUGAGCAGUUGAAACUUGACCGUGCUAAGCAGCGUACUGAAGCUAUCAGAAGCGGACAGAUGGCUGACCCGAACCAACCGGUGUCCCUCAAUAGCGCCAUUACCCCGACAGGCACCUGCACGGAGAUGUGCCCCGAAUUCGAACGUGUCGAGCGCAUUGUCCAAAAGAUGGUUGAUAAGAGCGAAAAGUUUAUCGACCCCGAAUCAGGCUUAUCGCAGACGGUCGAGGACAAAAUGCUCAAAAGAUUUAGGAGAUCUGCCGCUGGCUAUGAUGAGCAGCUACCUUCGGACAUUAGGACUCCGAAGACCCUUCUACAAACGAUGAACUACCUCCUGCGACAUGUUGUAGAAGAUGACGAAACCCUCGCUCUUACGCACAAAUUUCUCUGGGAUCGAACCCGCUCGAUUCGUAACGAUCUGUCCAUCCAACAAGUCACUCAGGUCCAAGACGUCGAAAUUGCUGUCAAGUGUCUUGAACGAAUUGCCCGAUUUCAUAUUGUGUCCCUCCAUCUCCUCUCUAGUCCAGACAACUCCGAGCCUUUUGAUCACCACCAAGAACGGGAACAAUUAAACAAUACGCUAUUAUCCUUAUUAUACUAUUACGAUGACAACCGAGAUCUAAUUAAAUUUCCAAACGAGGAUGAAUUCCGGGCUUAUUACAUCGUUUUUUCUAUACACGAUCAACGCCCGGAUCUCGAAUCCAGAGUCCAAAAAUGGCCCCGGGAAUUGCUACGGUCACCUCGUGUCCAGGUUGCACUUGAGUUGUUUGCUGCUGCAGGCAAUACUUGGGAGUACCAGGGUACUUUGGAUGCAAAAAGACCAAAUGCCAUUGCCCAAGGACUCUAUUCCCGUUUCUUUCGGCUCAUCCAAUCUGACAGCGUGCCGUACCUCUUAGCAUGCAUCGCGGAAAUAUACUUUAACCAGGUCCGACAGACUGCGAUCCGAUCGAUAUGGAAAGCAUACUGUCGACAUCCGCUUUCGCAACAAAGCAAAAACCAAGAGUGGACUGUUGACGACCUCACUGAGGUGUUGGCUUUCGAUGACAACGAUCAAACAAUCGAGUUCUGCGAAGAGCAAGAUCUGCAUCUCGCUACGAACGCUGAUGGGCAAAUGUAUCUGAAUUGGGGCCAGCGUCCACUUGAUUCUGUCGCCUUCCGGCCAUCAUCACAACAAACAUUUUCAUAUGAGUAUGUCGAAUCUAAACGCUGUGGGAGGACCCUGGUGGCGCUUAUUCUUGGGAUGAACGUUGUACAAGCUGCCAGACGGGGAAUGAUCGAUGAGGCGUUAUUGUCACAGUCCUACGCGGUGUCUCAACCAGGAUUGGAGCUCAAAGAUGAUGGCGGCGGACUAUUUGUCAGCGAUGACGAAGACGCGCAUCAAAUCCGCGAUGCAAUGACUCCAAAAUCUGAAUCUAGGAACGGAAUUAUGGGAUCUUCCAAACCAGCCUUUUCGGUUCCUUCAGACGAAGAGCCUAAUCUUGGCUCAGCCAAUUUCUCUCAAGCAGGAGCAGGAGGACCUUUCUCAUCUAGCGUUCCUUCUACGCAGCAACCAUCUUUUCCCCGGCCAGGGACACUAUCACCAGCGGCUCCUGUUUUCACUCCACAGGUGCAAUCGCCGUUUUCGGGAUUUGGGAAACCGUCUACAUUUGGUGCUCCCCAGCAACAAACUGAGCCGGCAACUUUGACACCCCAAUUGGCCACAGGCCUGGGGGGAUUCGGACAGCCUUCCCGAAAUCCAUUUUCGCCAUCUGAAUCUGCCUCUCAAUCUAAGCCACCCACCUUCUCGACAUUCGGUGCGAAUUUAGGAUCUUCCUUUGGUUCCAGUCCUGGUUCAUCCUUUGGUGUCUCGAAAGACACUCAACAACCUCAAACUGGGGAUUCGACUCCCAGUGGCCCAGUAUUCAAAUUAGGAACGUCAGCAAUUUCAUUCGGCCAACCGAGUUCUUCCCAGCUUGGAAAUGGUAAUUCUAGCCAGGGCUUUUCACAGGCUGCUCCUACCCCCUCUAUCUCUCCCUACCAGCCGAAAGAAACAACAUCCACUGAAAAGCCUCUUGGAGUUUCUGAUGGAGCAAAACCUCGCGAACGGUUAUUUGGACCUUUCCCAGGCACUCAGUCAGCCAAACAGCCUAGCACUUUUGGGAAAGGGACGACAACAUCGCCGUUCGCGAGUUCUGGGUCAUUCGGCCAACCCAGCAAAGAUACUACUAGUGCCGAAACAAGCGCUCCUACUGUUACAGCGCCUAUGUUCUCUUCAACUUCGGGGCUUCCAAGUUUCAGACAAGAUCAACCGGCAACCACUGUGUUGAAUAUAUUCUCGUCGCCUUUCUCUGCAUCCGUGGAGUCGCCUGCUUUUAAACCACCGGCACCCCAAUUUGGGUUUGCUAAUUCGUUAAACAAAUCCCAAGAGCCAAAUCGGGAGGCUGAUAAUGAACAAAAAGCUGCAGAGCUGAGGGCGGCAGAGCAGGAAGCGGCAAAACGGGAGACUGUCGAGAAGAAGAAACAAGAAGAAGAAAUGGAAUCUAAGCGGAUAGAAUCUGAGAAAAGGGAGGCUGCUCGACGUGAAACUGAGCUGGAGUGUAAGCGAAGACGAGCCGCGGCUGAAGAGGCUGCUAGACUUGAACGGCUAGAAAGAGCUAGGAAGGAAGAAGAAUUGCAACGUGCCAAACGACUAGAGGAAGAGAGAAUCAAAACUGCCAAACGGGAAGCCACCCUGCAGGAAAUGGCUAGACGACAGGAGGCAGAGUUGCGUGCGUCACAGCUAGAAAUCGAGAGGAGGGAAGCCGCCGAGCGCGAGAUGGUGCGCGAAGAAGCUGCCAGAAGGGAAUUAAUAGAACAGGAGAUUGCAAAACGAAAAGCAGAUUUUGCCGAAGAGGAAGAUGAAGGAGUUAAAGAGCAGUACAAAGGGAACGGAAGGAUGUCCGAAGGCAUACUCACUGUCGAAGAGCUCCUCAGCUUAAAUCGUUCCAGUACGAAACCGAAACUCCCACCACCUCCUACCACCAGCAAACCUUUAAUCGACGAAGACGAACUCCUCUUCUCCGCUGCUCGCCUGGCUGCUAGUAACCUCGCCAAUGGGAAACACUUAUGUGCUGAUAUCCCUGGCUUUCAGAAACCAUUGUCCAUGUCCAUGUCGACGCCCAUGUCCACACCUAUGUCUCCUGCCUCCACUUCUCGUUUCAGUCGAUCCAGCACCGGACCCGAAAGCUCGAGGGCAACGAACAGCUCACAUAUCCUCGUUAAUGGAUACGACGUGGCACUUGCCCCUGAAACUCGGCUUGGCCUUGGCCGUACGUUGUCCCGCACUGAGCAGAGAAUCCGCCAAACGGGCGCAAAGGGGUUGGCGUCUCUGCCCAUUGCCUCAUCUGCUGCUAGUAGCAAGUUAUCGAAUGGGAAGGUUCGGAAAAACAAGCAUAAACGGCAGAAACGUGGGGAGUCGUCUUGA